AAAAUGGUAUUUUGCUCAUAACUGCAUGCACUGCACUGUAAGUACAUGCCAGCUAGCUCUGACUUGUGCUUGGAUAAAGGUUGACCACUGACCUACUUCUUUUUACAAAAGGUCGCGCGACCUCUCCUUUUGCAAUUAUGACAUCACACACGCAAUACGCGCUGAACUGGAUGACGUCAUCUGACAACAAAUUGGAAAUAAACAACGUUUUCGUCGCCGAAGAAAGAAAAAUUGACAAUUAGUAAUCAUGUAAAAAGGAAACAAAAUCAUGGAAAAUGGCGCUUGUAAAGAAAGACGAAGGAAACCCGUCGACGAAAUGAAGAGAAGUUUAGCAACGUAAAAUAUUUAAGAAACCACAAGUAAUCUCCCAAGCAAAAUGAAGAAGAGAGUGGUGGAAGUGCGGGAACUCGCGCCUGCCGUGGCAGCACUCGCCGUGGCGGUAUUUAUCCAGUCUGCCACCGGGAGUUCUGGGGGAUCGGGAUCUUCUGCACCGACUAGAGAAACUAUCGGUGACACGACAACUGGCAACGCUUCAAGUGGAGAGUAUGUUCAACGUAAAGAAAUCCACGCCCAUGCCCCCAAAGUAGUCAUCUUUAUAUUUGGAUGCUGUCUGUUUGGCGCCAUCUCAAGAUCCAUCUUGAAGAAGCUCCCGAUCCCCUACACCGUGAUCUUGCUGGUCUUGGGCGCCAUCUUGGGCGUGGUAGCAUCCAACGUCCCCCUGGUUGAGGAACACACCAAGGACAUAGCCAACAUGGACCCCCACGUCCUACUACAAAUCUUUCUCCCAAUCCUCAUCUUUGAGUCCGCCUUUGCCAUGGAUGUCCACACCUUUAUGAGAUCCUUUCUUCAGGUGUGCAUUCUUGCCUUGCUUGGUCUGGUCGUGGCAGCGGUCCUGACAGCUGUACUGGCGAUGAACCUCUUCAACUACGACUGGAACUUCAGUGAAUCCAUGAUGUUUGGUGCUAUCAUGAGUGCUACCGAUCCUGUGGCUGUGGUAGCCCUUCUCAAAGACCUUGGUGCAUCCAAACAGCUUGGGACUAUUAUCGAAGGCGAAUCACUUUUGAAUGACGGCUGUGCCAUUGUUAUCUUCAAUGUGUUCAUGAAGAUUGUCUUCUUCCCUCACCUAGCAUCGUCAGUCGGCCAGAACGUUCUGUACUUCAUGCAAGUUGCCAUUGCCGGACCGCUGUUUGGCUACGCCGUCGCGAAAUUAACAGUCUUCUGGCUCUCGCACAUCUUCAACGAUGCCCUGGUCGAGAUCACCAUCACCCUGGCUGCCACCUACCUCACGUACUACAUAGGCGAUGUCUGGCUCAAGGUCUCUGGUGUCCUGGCUGUGGUCGUCCUCGGUCUCAUCGUCAACGCUGAGAAGACCUCCAUCAGUCCAGAGGUUGAAGUCUUCUUGCACCGGUUUUGGGAGAUGCUCGCUUAUCUAGCCAACACCCUUAUCUUUAUGAUGGUGGGUGUGGUCGUUACCCAGAAGGCCCUGGUCAGCGUAGAUAGUAUGGACUGGUUUUACCUCAUCAUUCUCUAUCUAGCCAUCAAUAUCAUCAGGGGCAUGGUGAUCAGCCUCUUCAGUCCGAUCCUGUCGAGGAUCGGCUACGGUCUGACCUGGCGCAACGCGGUCAUCAUGACAUGGGGAGGUCUCCGGGGCGCCGUGGGCCUGGCCCUGGCUCUCGUGGUCGAGAACCUUGCUGGGGAUAAUGUGAUCGGGAGCAAGUUCCUCUUCCAUACGGCCGGCAUCGUGGUGUUGACCCUCGUCAUCAAUGCCACCACCAUACAGACUCUGCUGAAGAUGCUAGGCAUGAGCGACAUAUCCAUCCCGAAGCGCCUGGCCAUGGCCGGAGCGGUGAGACGCAUCCACGAGGGCCAGAACCGAACCUUUAACAUGCUGAAGGCGGACCGCUUCCUCGCCGAUGCCGACUGGGACAUCGCGACAGCUGCUUGCGAGAUUGUUGACCCAUAUAGCACCAAGGCUGGUGAUGAUGACACACCUGUUGAUGAACUGAUGUUUGGAGAGAGGAAAAGCGUGUGUCCGGGAUGCAAGGCCAUGGUGCCCAAUGAACCGUCUCAUAAGGAAUUCGCCGAUAUGAUGGAAGAAGCCAGGCUUAGGAUGCUCAAAGCAGAAAAGAUCAGCUACUGGAAGCAGUUUGAGCAUGGUAUGCUCGCCAGGGAGGCAGUGCGUCUCCUUGUGCAGCAUGCCGAGGUUGCGGCUGACCAGAAGGACCAGUUUAUCUUGGUGGAUGACCUCAAGAAGUCCUGGCAGGUCAGAGGCAUCUAUCCUUGGCUGAAACGCAAACUUGAAGACCUGAUCAGCGAGAAGAAGAUCGCUGCCAUUCCCAUGCCCAAGCACAAAGUAGGAAAGCUUAUGUAUAAGGUGUGCCACCACAUGGCUUUCGACAUCACCAUCAACAUCGUCAUCAUCCUCAACAUCAUCCCCAUCAUCAUGGAGUUCAUCAUCCAGGACAAGUUGGAUGCGCCGACCCCCACGGCGGCGCCCGGGACAACCGUGAGCUCGGAGCCGACCACCUUUGAGAAGAUCAACGAUGCCCUCAGGAUCUCAAACUUUGUCUUCUUCUGCAUCUACGCCAUAGAAGCUAUUGUCAAAAUUCUAGGUCUUGGUCCCCACUACAUUGUGAGCCAUUGGAACAAGUUUGAUGCGUUCAUCCUUGUCGUGGCCCUGGUCGAUAUCAUCAUCGCAGAGACCCUGAUGGAGGGCACCGUCACCAUCGCCAUCAAUGUCUCCUCCCUCAAGGUCGUCAAGCUAUUCCGACUUCUUCGAGGCCUCAGGAUGCUCAGGCUUACCAAGGCUCUGAUCCCUCGGCUUAUUGCGGUGGUCAACGGACGCAUCAACAACCAGCUCAGCCUUGGCUACGAUGUCGGCAAGGGCUACAUCAUCGGUGAGGAGGAAGUCGGCAAGAUCAUCGAUCACAUGGUCGACAACAAGAAGAUACUUCGGGAGCUCAAACACAUCUCAGAGACAGGAAGACUACAGGUGGUCAAGGAAUUGGGUCUUCUACAGAGGGAUCACCCUGGGAUUGCCGUCUCAGUCAAAACCCGUCAGGCAAUCCGCACCGUUCUCAACCACUCUCGUGAGACCAUCCAUGAACUACAGGGGGCGGGCUUGCUUGACGAGACUGAAGCUCACAAACUGGAGAAGACCGUUGAGAUCAAGAUGAAGAGAUUGAUGAAUGCUCCUUCCAGUAUUCCUCCACCUCCUCCGGAGAACCUCCUAAAGAAUGUAUCAUGGCUAGCCGGAGAUGAAAAGCUCAUCAAUUUUAUCAAGGCCCGUGCCAGCCUUCUUCACUUCGACUACGGUGAGGUAAUCGUGAGAGAGGGUGACGAAUCAGACGGUCUCUUCCUUAUUGUAUCGGGACUUGUUAAGCUGUACGGUUGUAGUGCAUUCUUAGACCAUGACAACCCCCCUGUCACAACGGGUUCUGAUGACAAUGAGGUCUUUGAGGAUUACCUCACCGUAGGUAACGUCAUAGGCGAGAUGGGUGUCCUCACCAAGAAGCCUCGCAAUGCAACCGUCGUCUGCGAAACAACUGUACAGGUUUAUUUCAUCACUGCGGACGACAUGAAUAUGGCUAUUGAUACAUUCACUCUCUACCCAUCCUUGGAAUACCGUCUUUGGCGCGUGGUGUCUAUAAGAAUCGCUACCCCACUCAUCAUGGAGCAGAUGGCUUAUCAGGGCUGGACUCAGGAAAAAGUGAAAUUACAUCUGGAGCGUGGCUACCUGGUUGAUCUUGCAGAGUCUCGUUAUCAAUUCAACAUUGAUGCCAGCAUGGACGAUAUCAUACUUAUCAAUGGCACGGCAUACAACGCUCACACACGCGAAGAAAUCCGAAGUCCUUGUCUCAUCCCUCGCUCGGUUCACAAGCUGACGUUCCAGUACAACGCUGAGGAAGAGCCACGUCUUUUCGUGGUGCGUAACGAUGAAUACAACGGACCGGUCAUGGACGGGAGGCUCGAUGUAGACAGCAAAGGGUCUCUAAUUACCAUCAAAGAAAUAACAUCCAACAUGUGCCUGCAACAUGCUGCUGAGCUGCGCCAGAAGAAUUCACAGAUCAUGCUCUCCAGGAAGGGAAGCCAAGUGGCCAAGGAUCAGGAGGACAACCAGUCUGAUGUGGAGCAGUCGGGCUUGGCUCCGCCAUCGCCAGUCCCAACCGCAAUUACACCGGUUCCGAAGAACUUCCUCCCCAAUCUUGGUCUGUCCAUGUCAAAGGAAAAGCUGAAAAAUGGUGGAGGGGCCGAGAAGGCGCCCACAAAAUCCCCACCACGCUCCGCUCGGGGUAGCACUUUCCCGCCCCUUGACCCGCAUCAGGGGGAGCAAAUGCUUGGACCGGAGGAAGGAGAAUCCAAAGACUUCACCCCAAGGGUCAACGUUUAGUCUGAACAUUCUCAACUUAACAAAUAGUUCAUGCAAACAAGUAUUUGACAGAAGAAUUGGCGUGCCCAUGAAAACUUUAAGAUUUACAACUUAAAAUGUUUAAUCUGAACUUAAUAAAGUUCAAGCAAAAAAGUAUUUAGCAGAAGAAUCAGAGAACACCGCAAAUGCUUAAGCUGUAAAACUAACAAAGCUCUAUAGAGAUUUCUCUACUACAAUUAUAUCUUAGAUGUUCUGAUCAAUUGAUCGAGAUGUCUCCAAUGUUCUUUCAAACUGAAGUUUACUUGAAGUAGUCACUGUUAAAAGCAGAGGUGCCUCAAAAUAAGUUCAAAAUGCUGACGAAUUCCUCCAAUUUUUAUUGAAAGUUUUUAAGUCAACAACGGUUUGAAAUCUAUAUUACAUUGGGUAUAAGGAUAAGGUCACACCAACAGUAUUUUGAGAAACAUGCUUCUUGAUUUUGAGAUAUUAAGGUUCAUCUUGUUAAAUGAGUUCAAAUAAGAAUACAUGGCCUUGAAUGUCAGGUAUAAUAACAAAGGCACUGUUCUUGAAAUGUAAAGCUUAUUCAUAAGCAACAAAAUGAAUGAUUA